GGUUCAACCAAGUUCCCCACAUACAGUGCCACUUCGUAACAGUAACCGAAUACACCGAAUGGAUCUGUACUACCACAUACGUUCGCCCCCAUGUCAACCGGUGGUGUUCCUUGCCAAGCAUAUGGGCCUGGAGCUGAACCAUAAGGUGACGAGCAUUUACGACCCGCAGGAUUUGGAAGCGCUUAAGAAAGUUAAUCCGCAGCACACCAUUCCCACGCUGGUGGACAAUGGGCAUGUGGUUUGGGAAUCGUACGCCAUCCUGAUCUACCUGGCGGAGAAGUACGCGCUAGACGAUAGUCUCUAUCCGAAGGAUCAUGCGGAACGAUCGGUAGUUCACCAGCGUCUAUUCUUCGAUAGUGGAAUAUUCCAGAAGAACUCGUUAAAGACGGUGCAACUGUAUCUGUGCAAUAAACCGAUCCCGGAGGAGAUUUUGGCAACGGUUAAGCGAGCGGUGGAAGUGCUGGAGAUGUAUCUCACCGACACACCGUACGUCGCUGGACAGAAGCUAACGAUAGCCGAUUUCUCUCUGUUUGUGAGCGUUUGCUCACUGGAUAUGACGAAGUAUGACCUAACGCCCUACCCGAACGUCGUGCGUUGGUUCGAGAAGAUGGGAACCCAUAUUCCGGACCUGGAGGCGAUGCGUAAGCAGGCCGAAGCUGAUCUGAAAGAGCUGCUAGCCUCAAUGAACUAAGUAUGUAAUCUUCGAAUCGAAGUGGAUGGUACAGGAUCGAUUUUGAAUAAAGUGAACUGUUUGCCGUCCCGAGA